AAAAAAAAUGAGCAUGGAAAUAAAAAAAAAAUAAAACUCCCAGUUUCCGCCAAUUAAUUACUUUCAUAAUCCACCCAUACAAAAAAGGGGAAGAAAAACAGAAAACAGCCACUUCAGCUUAGAAAAGAAGCUUGAACUCAGUAAAACUCCAUGUCUGUCCGCGCGCCCCCGAGCCCUGGAUAAGAUAUGAUAAAAAAAAAAGGAAAACAAACAAGCGAAAUACCUAUAGGAAGAAAAAUGGUGGAAAAAAAAAAAGAAAAAGAAAAAAAGAAAAGAAAGAAUUCUGAGGGCGACGGAGAGAAGGAGUAAGAAAUAUUAUGGAGCAGGCAGGAUCAGGAGAAGUAAAGAGAAGUAGAUGCGGAAGGUAUUAGGAGGUAAAGCUGGAUGAGAAGUAACAAGAAAAAAAAAGAAUAAAAGAAAAGAAAAAAGAAAAGAAAAAAGAAAAGAAAAGAAAACGCCAGCCAUACGUGUUCCCUCACCAAGCCUGAGUACUACAAGAACAAAAAGGAGUUCGUGAGCAACACAGAAAAACAAAGGAAAAGGUGAUAUAGACGAGGGAUAAGUGGGGAAAAGGGAAAUAAGAAAAAAAAAAAAAUUGGAACAGGGAGUUGAUAAUGGAUGUUCAGGAUGGGGAAAUAGGAGUAUGUGAAAGUAACACCAUGCGAUAACAGUAUGGAAACGGAGAGUGGUGAUGUGCACUAGCCGGCCUGGUUUUAACCACAGAUGAAGAUUGAGUGGGUGAAGGCGAACAGAAGAUGACCCGGAGAGAAUGGUUUCCGCCUCCGUUGAGCAGGUAAAUCGAAGAAUUCAAUAUCGGGAUCCCGACACGAAUGACCUAUCCGAUAUAUGGCCAUGCCGGGAUUGAAUAAAUGGAAUUUAAGAAGUAGAAAAUUAUCCCGGAUGAAUAUAGGGAACGCAAUGCAUGUUAAAAAAAAGAAAACUCGCUGUACGGAAAGAAGGAAAAGUAAAGUCGGUUGGGGACCUAUUGUAUGUAGCUAGUUCGAGCCGAGUACCGAGAGAACCAACAUGGAUGUACGUAAUUCAUCGAUUCGGUCACGUCCUCGAAGGCCUCUUCCUCAAUCCAAAAUCCUGCUCCUGCAUCUCCCUGAUCAGCCGCAACGUCUCUGGAUCUGCAUCCGCAUCCGAAAAGCUGCCGCGAGUCGUGUCACGACUCGUCAGUUUGUUGCGCUGAUGCGGAGAGGUCGGUGAGGUGCGGCUAUUGCUGUGGCGGUUGGGAUGAGGAGAGGGAUGGCUUCCUUCAACGCGCUUCUUGUCAACAACGGGAUUGUGCUGCUUGGUCUCCCUUUCCUGCUUGAAAGAAGAGGUUGAGGAAGAAGAAGGAAGCGGGAGGGCGUUUGUGCGGUGAUGCGAAGAGGAUGGACGGGAUGAGGAAGAGGAAAGAGAAUAUGAUGAUGGCUUUUUUAUAAUGGAGGUAGAGGUAGAUGAAGAUGGGAUUGUUACUGACAAGUCUGAAGGUGCGGUUACGGUCGCGGGUGGAGCGCGUGCUGCCGUCGCCGUCGUCUUGUGUUCCCCAGCAAGAACUGUGGCCUCAGGAACUAGGCGAGGGUGACUGGAAGAGUUUCGGGAUAGGGUGGCAGUAGCGUCGUCAACGACAGAGAGUUCCCCAUAUUGUUGUUGCUGCUGUUGCUGCUCGUUCUUUACGGCCGCCUUCGUUUCGCCGUCGGUCUGGUUAGGAUCGACUUCCAUAUCGUCUGCGAGAGAGGUAGGGGGAGAGACAAGGCUGCUUGCUGGGGCUGUGGUGGCCGGCAAGGAGGAGGUAACUUCUGAUGGUGGUACGAGAUCCGCUUUCAAUGUGGGUGGUGAUGCAUAUGAAGUUUGGCUCUGGGUAAGCUCACUGUGCGCUGUAGCCCCAACCUUAUCACCAGAGCCUAGCUUCUCAUUUGGCCCAUUCAUACGACCCUGCAAUUGCACCGCCUCAAAGUCCAAUUUGGUCUGAGGAAGUUCCUCUCCCGAAUACUCAAAUUCCGGCUUUUGCCGCUUGUUCGACGUGGGCGAUAUAUUGUCGUCGCUAGAUCGAGGACGCUUGGUGGAGGUUGCCGCUCGGGGUUUCGAUCGUUCCUGCGCUUUGAUGGGAUCUAUCCGGCCAUUCUCAUCAUGAAUACAACGACGCUGAGAGAAGUCAAUGGGUUAGACAUGACAACACCAUAGGGUGAAAAAAAGAAAAAAAGAUAUUUGGCAGGGGAAAAAACUAACUUUGCUCUUCCGGCAUUCAUCACAAGCCUUGCUACGGCCCUUCUUUCCAGAAUUGGAGGAAUUCGGGCUAAACCCUUUGGCCUUGGCGGAGUUGGCCUGAGGAGUCAUUAGGAGUGCUGAAGAAUCAUCCAUGGCGUUGGGGAGCAUCUCAUCCCAUUUCCCAGAAUGCUGCUCUUUAAUCCGAUCAACAUGUGCAGCAGAAGCAAGGUUCAAGGCCCCAGCAGCUGCCAUGUCCUUGCCAUUGAGUGGCUGUUGCUUGGCCGUCAAGGAUGUAAAAGAUUCUAAGCUUUGCUCAUCCUUAUGCCGACAACGGAUCCGCCGUUUCCGACAAGCAUCACAGGCAACGCGUUUUGGACCCAGGCCGGUCGGUUUCGAUAUCGAACGUGGUUUAUUUGAUUGGAUAAUUUCAUCCACAUCAACAAGAGAGGCCUCUCGUUUCGGAGGCGCUGGUGUUCCGCUUGUCGACGGCGCAGAGGUAGAAGUAAAGCCUGUACUAGACAUACCGCUCGUAUUGAUUUCGGAUGAUUGAUAGGAGGGGCGGCGACCAGCUCUCAAUUCCAGGUUGUUAUUAAGCUGUAGGCUCUCUGCGGCGAUAUUCCGCUGUGAACGUCGACUGGGUCUAACAGUCGGCUUCCUGCCCGACAUAUCAACCUUGGUAUCAAGAGAAAUGGCACCAGGACGUGUCCAGCUCGCGGCAUGCUCAUUCCCUCUCUUCCAUGCUACCCACACUCCAAACUUUAUUAUGGUGUCAACAGGAUCUGCUUGUCCCUUAGGGAUAGAUCUCUUCACGGCAUUCCUGGUUUCUGUCGUGACGCCAUCAACAUGGUACCCACCAGCAAUCAAAGCAGUCCUCAGGAGAUAUUUUGCUAGUUCGGGCAACCCAUCCAGCUCGGCUUGUGAGUAGAAGCGUGCAUUGUAAUUCUGCGAACCAGGUUCAGCGCGGUUGUCAUUCUCUCCGGAUUCGUAGUAAAUUGGAUACUCGCGAUAGAAGCGGUAGUUCUCGUCACGGGAGAAUGACUCCAGAACUGUCUGUGGAAUUGGAUCAUCCUCCAAGUAUUUGAUGGCAGCAUACCACAUGAUUUUCUGGAAGUACGGAUAACGGAAUUUCUUAGGAACCUUUGUGUCCUUCUCAAUUUUCGCAAUCUUGAUUUGCAUUCCAUAGUUCAUCUUCGUGAGGAAGUUUCCGCCAAUGACAAGGCUAUCUUCCGGUGUCCAGACAGCAUGGAUCCAACCAGAUGGAAUGAGCAUGGUGUCACCAGCGGAAAGGUCAACUCGAUAGCAUUCUUUGGUUUGGUUUCCGAGAAAGGUAGUAUCCUGUGCAGCUGAAUUACACCAUUCUUCGUAUUUUUUUAGGUGUUUAUCCUUGGGCGGAAUGAAAAAGAAACUUUUCUUUCCCUUCAGAAUAUGGUAGUAGACAGAGGAGCCCCCGAAAUCGACAUGGAAGUCAGUGUAGCAAUCCGCAACGGACAUUAAGACGUAGAAUUGGACUUUUGGAAAUUCCCCUAUAGCCUGCGACUCCGCUGGCCACACGUGGUCUUGGAGAUCAAGGUCACGCACAAUUUUGGGUCGUCGAAUGAGUCUCCCAAGAGGACUGUUCGACACCUCGAGGCUAAUAACGUUGCGAACGGCCUUUGACGUGGAAUCGUCGUAGUAGUAAUCUGCCCACCGUUGCAUGUUCCAUCUCUUGUCCUCCCCCUGCUGUGAUUUGACAUCAAUCACUUCGACGCGUUCUUCGGGUCCAUAAAGCUCAGCGACAUGUCGAACAGUGAGACCUUGUGGGAUGACCAUGUCCAACAAAUCCUGGCCACAAUCGAUAACUUCAUUGUAGUCAGCGUCAUCGUCAGGCAUGUUAUCCGCGAGUUCAUCGAAUUCUUCUUGCGUGGAGGCUUCGGGUGGAUAAUAAUCGGCUGAACCAGGAACGGAGGAUCGCGUGUUGAGAGAUGCGGGAAUGAUUAUCGGCUCAGUCAUUCCUAUACCGCGCUCGAAAUAUUCCGCAGUGACGAGUUCCGGACGUAUACGAGCAAAAUGAUCGGGCAAAAAUGUGAUCUUCCCUUCCUUGAUUGGCUGGAUAUAAUGAUGCUCAGGCGUUUCAGCGGACGGCAUUACAUACCCCUGAUUUAGACUAGCAUAGUCGAUGGCCGUUCGUGCGCGGGAGGACUUGCGUACAAAAGUAGUUGGUCCAUGCGUAGGGCGGCAUCCACGGCAGAUAAACUUGUCGACUGUUCUAGUGUCGCGAUCGCUUUUGAAUCCGGCACACACGAUAUGGAACCACCUCAUACAUCCAUCGCAAUUUAUCCAAGUCACAGCUUCAUCGCCCUCACUAUCAGACGCGACUCGAUCCAGGUGACAGGCCGCGCAUGUUGCUUGACCGGAACUGUCGUUAUCGGAAUCUUCCUCCUUAAAAUCGGAGGCAGGUAUGCUUUUCGGACGUUGGAGUGGACGCGGUGCUUGUUGGGUAUCUGGGCCAUUUGCUUGCAAAGUAGUAUCAUGGUUCUCCUCUGCAAUGUAAUGUGGAUCAACUGAGUCAUCCUCGAGCGCCGGACCAAUUGAUGGGGCUAGGAAGUGGCCGGACGCGAAGCCGUUCAUGAAUGGUCUUGCGGUGAACGCAGAACCGUCGGACUUCGAUCGAAUGCGAGAUGGAGUACCAUUAUUGUUGCUCCUAAAGAAAGCAGAGGAUGGCUUGUUUUCCGCGGUAAUAUCCCAUCGUUUCGUCCACAGCUCAGCAGGGUCCGUGGCCCAUUUAACACCGGGAUUUUGGCCGUUCGUCGACUCGUGUGCAGCCAGCUGCUGGGGUCUCGAGGCAUCAUAGAGUGGAGGGAAAUUACUUGGUCUCGCAAAGUUAAGCAACAGUUCUGCAUCAGUCUUCAUGCUAUCAAAGGUAGAAACAUGGCUAGUGGCAGGCCUGGAAGCUCCCAUUAGCCAGGUAGGUGAUGGAGCCUUUUCCGAUCGAGCGCGCUUGGAUGGUCGUUCGGACUGAUUGGGAGUAGGUGCUUGGUGGGUUGUGGGGGAUAUAGCAGUAGCGGGUUCGUCAUAUGUAAGAGGCGCGAAGGUUGGGCUUGUCGCGAGUGCGAUGGUGGCAAGAGUAUCGAUGUUUGAACCAGACCUUUGGUGGCCGACUCUACCGGUGGGGUUUGUAUUUGCGUGGUUGCUGGAUGAACCGCCGGGAGGAUGGUGACUAUAACGAUGAUCAAGACUUUCCCGCCCAUCUUGAAAGGUAUUAUUAUUCCACCCAGGCUUCACUGAUGACCCUUUCUCAACAAAAGGAGGAUCAUUUCGGGGUUGUUGGACGCCAUCGCUAGGGUGGGUGUUGCGGAUGGAGGAAGAGGAGGAAUCGGCGGGAGCGCGAGGUGAGAUCGACUCGAUGGCAUGUCGCGGUGGCGAGGGAGUGCGAUAGCGUAAUGGCCGCACCCUAGAGGGAUUCCGAAAGGACGAGGUAUUUGCCAUGGCAGCCUUUUUGGUGAUGGUAGGCUCGCCGGGGGGAGAUUGAAUCGUCUAAUCAGAUGGAUUGCGGUCGGUUUCGCGAUGUUGAUAGCAAAGGCGGGGAAGGCAGUGUUGACCACACAGGUCUAACAGCAGAAAAGAGGGAAUGCGCGACGACGCAUUCCCGAUGGAUCAGAGAGUACGGCGGAUUCGGACUUAUUGGGAGCAGAGAAGGGGUUCUGAUGGAGUGCGCAGGGAGGGGGGAUGGAAGGCGGAGAUGGGAGCAGAAGAGAGCACAGCGGCUGGGUUGGGGGGAGUGGCUCCGAAGGUGGUUGUCCGCAACGGGGAAGGGACUAAGCGAAACAGGCGAUGGUUUGGCUUGCGGCGGCGGCGGCACUGGGGGGCAACUCCCGCUAGAGCUCUCAGCCACCAUGGAGGGCGGCCAUGGAGUAAAAGCUGUGGCGAUGUUGCGAGUUCCUGAGUGUCGAUGAUCAGAAUAAGACAGGCAGAUUAUGAAUUGAAGUUGCGGUGGGAGAGCAGAGUGAGGUUGAAGCCAGAGCCAGUUGACGUUUGGUGUUGUGGCUGGUAUGGACAAUACGCAGCGCUGGUUUCGCCCAGCGGCGGAAUACAAUAACGGUAUUGUGUUUAUAUCACAUCAACCUCUCGUCGCUGGUUUUCGCCAACGAAACAGACUACGUUAAACAGAUUUUUCCUUACCUAACUUAGGGUAGAUAAUCUAUCCUAAGUUAUUUAAUAUCAUUGUCUUGUUGUUAUUACGCUGAAAUAGAUUUCUUCACUGUGUUCUCGAAGUGCUCUGUACGCUGGAUCGCAUAGACUUCGAAAAUCAAAGCAAGUGCCAUAGAGGAAUCUAUCUAACGUUGGUGCAACUCCCUCAUUUAUGACUUCUCCUAGCAGGUUUACGAGCUUCGGGGUAUAUAGAGGCAUACAAAGAAGUGGUAAGCGGAGAUCGAGGUAGGAGAAGGAGUAUGCGAAACGUCUACGGCCGGCCUAUUGCGCCUUAUCCUAUAGGUCAAGGGUACAUGGUUGGGUGAUGUGCCGGAACGAAGAAUAGGAUAACAUGGUAUAUAGCAGGCCGUUCAUUCUGCUAUCCCGCAAGGAGGCGGCUUGACGGUAGUAAGCUCAUUUUAGGAGGAGAGCUUUGGCUUUUGGCUGCUAGAAGUGGCUAUGGGUUUUCCUAGAUAUUGGGUACGUAGGUAAGGCCUGAUGGCAGGAAGAGGUCACAAAUACUGGCCUCAGGCGGCCGCGAACGGUAUUAGCGGUUCAUUGCAUUGCUGCGCAUCGUCCGCUGGAGUGAACUCGAAAAGAAAUUGAAGCUUCUGCAUAGAUCUCUUCCGGAGUUGGAGAUUGGGACGGAACAUGCCAUCUGCUCUGUGUGAUAAAAGCGUAACAGUGAGUUGGGAAGUAUUUAACCAGGAGUAUAGAUUGAAUCGUGAAGGUUGUAUCAUGCGUAUGGUAGAGGCAAAGUUCCAAGGGAAUCAGACAAGCGUUUGAGAAUAACGAGGAAACUAACCAGAUCCAAGAUCUCCACCACCCGGCCAGGAGAUUCUGAACUUUAGAAUGCACUCCAUAAGUGUUUACGCAGUAGUCAUACCCGCCACCAACUCUAGCAGAUUGACAUGGA